AACCUCAACAACGCGAGCACCAGAGAGACACGACGCAAACGUAUUAAAAGAGCCCAUCAGUUGGCAGAACAAAUUGAAUCAAGAAAUCCAGCUCAAAGAAUCAGGACAGCAGAAGGUCAUGCACAAGAAUCUCAAGAACAGUGUAACGAACGUCUUCAAGAGAAUAUCAUAAGAACAAGAGCAGCAGGAGAACGAGACAUAGCCACAGUAGGAGCACAGGAACAAUAAUUUCAAUUUAUACAUUCAAAUGCCACCGAAAAAAUCUAACCUCAACAACGCGAGCAGCAAAGGGUCACGACGCAAACGUGUUGAAAGAGCUCAGCAAUUACCAGAACAAAUCGAAACAAGAAAUGCAGCUCAAAGAAUCAGGACUGCAGAAAGUCGUGCACAAGAAUCUCAAGAACAGCGUGACAAACGUCUGCAACAGAAUAUUACGAGAACAAGAGCGGCACGAGAACGAAACAUAGCUACAGUACGAGUACUAGAUCGACAAAGGCAACGGAUCAGCCGCUCAUUAACACGUGCAUCAUUCGUUCGGCUUGCCUUUGAAUAUGCACCAGAUAUUAACUACUCAGCGCAUUCAAAAAUUGCUAUCGGUGGAAUGGAUAAAGUAUGUCAAUAUUGUCAGGCAUUGAAAUUUCGGAAUGAAGCAGCCGGCAUGUGCUGCGCAUCAGGAAAAGUUGUGCUGUCACCUCUACCCGCUCCGCCGGAGCCUUUAUUAUCCCUUCUUACUGGCAAUUCAGAUGAUUCCAAAUUAUUUUUGCGUAAGAUACGCAAAUUUAAUUCUUGCUUCCAAAUGACGUCAUUUGGGGCAACUAAAAUUUGCGAUCGUGCAUCCGAUGGACGUAAUUUUGAAACUACAUUCAAAAUUCAAGGCCAGGUGUACCAUAAAAUCGGAUCACUGAUGCCAAUGCCUGAUAACAAUCCGAAAUUUCUUCAAAUUUAUUUUAUGGGCGAUUGUGAAGAGCGCGUGACGACUCGGUGCCUGUAUAAUUUUAUUGAACAAGCAGAGGAAAGAGCAAUUGUGAUAUUAUUGGAAAAUUUUUUAGAAGAUCACAAUCAACUAAUUCAAUUGAUCAAAAGAGUUUCGCCACGACUGCAAAAUGACAAUUAUCAAAUCGUCAUAAAAGCCGACAAAGUACCAUUAGGUGAACGUGCUGGUAGAUUCAACGCUCCAACUGUUGAUGAGGUUGCUGUUAUCAUGGUUGGUAUUCCAGUUGACAAAAGAUCUAUAAAAAUUACACGGCGAGACAACACUGUCAGUACGAUUUCGGAUCUACACCGUUCAUAUGACGCACUACAAUAUCCAUUGAUAUUUUGGCAAGGACAAGAUGAAUAUCACCUUAAUAUCAAACAGUGAUUACAGAAAUAAUAAAGUUAGCUCAAUGAACUACUACGCACACCGAAUAAUGGUUAGACAACAUCAAGACAAUUAUAUCCUUCGAUAUCGUCAGCUGUUCCAUCAAUACAUUGUUGAUAUGUAUGCUAAGGUCGAAAGCGAACGCUUGCGAUUCCUUCGAUUCAACCAGGCAAAACUACGAUCGGAAGAAUAUAUUCACUUACGAGAUGCUGUUGCUGGAAACAUCGAUGGAAAUUUAAAUCCCAAUGACAUCGGUAAUGCUUUCAUUUUACCUUCAAGCUACAUCGGCAGUCCACGGAACAUGCAGGAAUACAUACAAGAUGCGAUGACUUACGUACGUCAUUACGGCCGACCGGAUUUAUUUAUUACAAUCACAUGUAAUCCGAAUUGGGAAGAGAUACAAACUUUACUAUUGCCAGGACAACAAGCCAUUCAUCGUCAUGAUUUAAUUGCACGUGUGUUUAAACAAAAAUUGAAAUCCUUAAUUGAUUUUAUUGUUAAAUAUUCAAUUUUUGGUAUCACACGUUGUUGGCUGUAUACGAUAGAGUGGCAAAAGCGAGGUUUGCCUCAUGCCCACAUUUUGGUUUGGCUUAAAGAUAGAAUCCGUCCUGAAGAAAUCGAUCAAAUAAUUUCAGCCGAAAUUCCAGACCCAUUAAUUGAUCAAGAAUUAUUUGAUAUUGUCACCAAACACAUGAUCCAUGGGCCAUGCGGUGCUUUCAACAUGACGUCACCGUGCAUGGAAAAUGGAAAAUGUAAAAAAAACUUCCCAAAGCCGCAUACGAAUGACACGAUCACGGAUAUUAAAAUGAAAGUGUAAAUUUUCCGAUUGAAUUUUUAAAUUCAUUAGAUAUCCCUGGAAUGCCACCACAUAAUCUUCGAUUAAAGAUUGGUUCCCCUAUUAUUCUCCUCCGUAAUUUGAAUCCACCUCAAUUAUGUAACGGUACGCGUUUGGUCAUCAAAAAGAUCACCGGAAAAAUUCUUGAAGCAACCAUUUUGGUUGGGAAGUUUAAAGGAAAAGUGGUCCUGCUGCCACGUAUUCCGAUGAUACCAUCAGAUUCUACCAUACCCUUCAAAAGGCUACAGUUUCCAAUUCGUUUAGCUUUCGCCAUGUCUAUAAAUAAAUCUCAAGGUCAAACAAUGUCCAUUUGUGGUUUAGAUUUGGAAAAUCCAUGUUUUUCUCAUGGGCAGCUAUAUGUUGCGUGUUCACGUGUUGGGAAACCGUCGAAUCUAUUUGUGUUAGCUAAAGACAGGUUAACCAAAAACAUUGUGCACUGAUUGGUGUUAAAUUAAAUUGAAAUUGAAAGUAUUUAUAAUUCAAAAAAAUAGAUAUUAAUGUUUAAAAGUUUAAGACUGUCUGCCUUGCCUACCUCAUUCAUGAGUUUAAGCGUCACAUGUUAUUUACUGUAUUAUACUGUAAUAUACUUAUAUUUGUUAUAAAAUUAAAUGGAAAUAAUAAAUCUGAUAAAUUUUUA